AUGCUUCGAAACAGUUUGUUCCUACGAGUAUUUGGAUUACAUCGAACCAUUGGUCGGUUGUAUUGUGUGACCGCCGGGAAGGAAUUACAACCCACGGAUGGUUCCUCCUAUUUCGGUCUACUCAAAUCAGCCACCGAUGCAAAAGAAGUGUUAGAAUUUCUUCCCACAAUUAGUCGCACCAAGCAGGAUCGACACGUGUACACCCUGCCCGCAUUGAAAACACUAUUCGAAUUGCAGAAAAAUGGCAAAAGCACCUUACGUUCCGACCAGAUCGUAAAACACCCACGGUUUGCGGAAUUAUGCCAAAACGUACGGCUCGAAUCGCGCACCUUCAUGAUGAACGAUCUUACCGAGUGUCUCAAAAUUCUAACCUAUCUCGGAGUGCAUACAAGCAGCGAAAUCAUAACCGUACUGUUACAGCUAAUACGGCACCAAAUCAAUGAUGUAACGUUAGAUCAUAUAGUAUUUUUGAGCUUCAUUCUUAAAAAGCUUGAUCGGACACCGCUCAUCGAAGCGUUGCAGAUUGCCCUCCCAAUGUUGCUUCAGAUACAGAUCGGCUACAAGCUAGACCACGAAAAUGUGCCACAGUUGGUAGAGCUACUCGUGUUCGUUUCACAGCACAAAGUCAACGAUCGAACUGUGAUGAAUAUUGUCAGUGCGUUGACACUGCACGGGACCAACCUUUCACCGGAGCAAGCCAUCAACGUUUUAAAGGCAUUGACCAGCUUUCACGCCUUCCUGCCACAGUAUGAAAAACUGCUACAAAAUGUGUUCACCGUUCUAGAACGCGAUCUCGAUCACGUACCAUUCAAGAUGCUCGACUUUGUGCUUAAAAAGGUGCUGGACAAGAAUCUGGAUUACUUCCCCAUGUUUUACUGCGAACCGUUCCUGAAACGAUGUGCCCAGUACGCAAUCGAUCACGACGUUGGGUUGUUGCAUGCGCUGUAUGUGUUGAAAAAGUUCAACAAAAUAUCCUUCCUACACAUCCCACUGUUAGACUACAUAGCCGCACACGCUGACAAACUUUCGAUCGUGCCAACGUCGGGCAUCAUUACGUUCGUGGCCGGCUUCUCCAAUGCCAACUACCGACCGAACAAUUGGGAAAGCGUGAAGCGAGAAAUUGUCCGCAAUACUACCAUUACCACCGGUUCUAUCCCGUGGAUACGUUACAAUCUAGAGCUGCUUUCGUUGGACAUCUUCAAUCCGCAGCUACUAUCGCACUGGCUCGAUCCACAAGCGCUGGAUGCUAACAUGGCACGCAAUAUGCUGGUUGAUUAUCUGCAGCUUACUGAGCUGGGUCAAACGCUCAGCUUGCUGUACAACCGGCAGUACCAAGGUCCUUACCCUGCAAAGCAGUACGUGGAGAAAUCGGUGAUGCUGACGUUGCAAAACAACGAUCAUCCUUUGCUGAAACCACUGCAGUUUGCAUUCGGUGGAGAAGAGUAUAUAAGCACACAAGUCGUUACCGAGCAAGGUCACGUUCUUGACCAUGUGAUCGUUUUCGACGCGAAUGGUAACCCGGUUAAAACGCGCGUGCUCUCUGAGGAAGGUUCAACCGUGCGAUUGGAGGACAUAUGGCAACCGGAGAAUAAGCUUGUUGCUGUAUUGUAUCUGCCGAAGAGCUGCUACGCUAUUAACGUUAAUCGAUUACGAGGACGAUUUGCGCUGCACCUCAGAACUAUUCAGGCGCUCGGCAUUGCUCCUGUUGCCAUAUCGCCUGUAAUAUGGAAUAAUCUUCCAGAAUCGGAACGAAUACCAUUUCUUCAGCGUGAGACUCGUGAAGCAUUACGGCAGCCGACGUAG